UUUUUGUUUUUACUCUCUCAUAGUAAUAUCUUCUUUUUCCCUCACCGUUCUCUUACCUUGCUCACACCUUUUCUCUCCUUAUAUCUCCUUUGUGUUAUAUAAUACACAGCAACCCAACAAUCAAGAAGAUCAGAUAAUGGUAGGGGUUUUCAUUUUCACCUUACCAAGAAUCCUCUGAUCAGCCAAAAUACACAUCAAUCAAUCACAUCCCCAAACACUCCAAAAAAGAAGCAGAUCUGCUUCCAACUUCAAAUCCCUUUUUCUUCUUACAAAAAAUGUCUAUGUCGUCUAUGUCAUCUCCUUCCUCAGCUGUUUUUUCAGCAGAGCACCUCUCUCCCUCUGAACAUCUUUGCUAUGUCCAAUGCAACUUCUGCGAAACUAUUCUUGCGGUUAGCGUUCCUUACACAAGCUUGUUCAAGACCGUAACCGUCCGAUGUGGUUGCUGUGCCAAUCUUCUUUCGGUGAACAUGAGAUCGCUUGUCCUCCCAGCGUCUAACCAGAUCCAGCUCCAGCUUGGUCCUCAAUCUUACUUCACACCCCAAAAUAUUCUGGAGGAGCUGAGAGAAGCACCAUCAAACAUGAAUAUGAUGAUGAUAAAUCAACAUCCUAAUAUGAAUGACAUACCAUCUUUCAUGGAUCUUCAUCAAAAACAUGAGAUUCCUAAAGCACCACCCAUUAACCGCCCUCCAGAGAAAAGACAAAGAGUCCCAUCCGCAUAUAACCGAUUCAUCAAGGAGGAGAUCCAACGUAUCAAAGCUGGUAAUCCUGAUAUAAGCCACAGAGAAGCCUUUAGUGCUGCUGCCAAGAAUUGGGCCCACUUCCCCCACAUACACUUCGGGCUCAUGCCAGACAAUCAACCCGUGAAGAAAACCAACAUGCCCCAACAGGCGGGUGAGGAGAACAUGGGGAUGAAAGAAGGGUUCUACGCUCCUGCGGCUAACGUUGGAGAGAGACAUUAAACAAUUACAUCAAACAAUCAUUUCAUUAACAAGUUCGAGCCUUACAAUCAAACCCCAUUCAAUACGAAAUAACAAAGGUUGGAGAUUUGCCUUUAUCCAGCAAAAAAACAACAGAAACUAACAGAACAAAGCACACCAAAGAGAGAAGAGCACAGCAAGGAGUCUUUGGUGGAGAGCCAAGAACAACGUUAACUAAGCCCAAUAGUCUGCGCAAACACAAAGCUUAAGUGUGUCAUUAGGACAAGUGGGUUUAACCGCCGAGUCCUUCUUCGGGGGUCUAGGAGUAGUUGGUGGACAUUUUGUGGAAGUUAGAAAGGUGAAGAAAAGAAGAUUAAGUGUGAGCAGAAGAGCUGUAACUGCGAGAGUCUUAGACCAUGAUUAUCGGUCGUUUUUAAAGGGGUUCUUAUGUGAAAUUGGUGAUUUAAUUAAAUCCAAAAAAAAGAAAAUUACUUUUUAACAGAAGAAACGUCCCUUAAUUAAGGGAAGGAAGAGACGUCGCUUAUGGAACACGCGUCAAAGUCUCCUCCUCUCUCUCUCGCUCAUCUCUCCUCUCUUUCUUUGCCGGUGUGAAGUCUAAAGAAGAAGACCGGUUCACGAAUCCUGAUCCUUCGACCUCUAGAGGUAGGUAUCAUCAAUCCUCAUCCAUCGAUUGAUGCCAAGACCUCUGAGUUUGCAUCUGGGCUUCUUGGCUUAAGCUCUCUUUCUCUGGGUUACAUCAACUGAGUUUUUUCAUAAAACUGUUGCUUCUUCCCAGGGAGGGGAGGAAAACAAGAAUGGCGUUUGCUAAAAUGUUUUUGCUUUUCAGCAAAUUUCAGCAGCUUGCGGCAUUGUAGAAUCCAUGACAACUGCAAUAUGAAGCUGACAUUAACAAGCUUUUUAUGUUUACAAGCUAUAAUCGUUUGGGGAGAGAUGCUGAGGAGGCUGAUGCAGAAGAGAUCACUGAGAUGGCUGGUAAAGCCACUUUAUCUGAGCAACAGAAGCAAGUACAAGAGAACAUUCACUACCAACUCCAAAACUUGGAAAUUUGAAGAUUUGUCAUUCUCAUUAAUGUAUGGGAUGUUUUUGAAGCAUAUGAGUUUUGAUUAUGUCAAGCUUUGGGUUGUGUGUGUUGCCAUUGAUACAUAGCUUUUCUUUGGGAGCAUCAUUCAGUGGAAGUUACUGAUGAGAACCGUGAAGCUGCUCAAGAAGCUAAAGGCAAAGCCAUGGAGGCUCUCUCUGAAGGAAACUUCGAUGAAGCAAUUGAGCAUCCUACAUCAGCUAUCAUAUACGGGAACAGAGGUGAGUACUAGUUGAGUUUUGUUCUUCUAGUUGAGUCUUUGGUUGAUUCUCAUGAAGACUUGUAAUUUAUUUUCUAGCUAUAUUCAGAAUGAUGAUGAUUCUCAUGAUUUGGUCUUGUUUUUUUUGAGUAAAAAAAAACAACAUUUUUUUAA